CUAGAAAACAGAUUUGAGCUUCUUUUUUAUGGGAUAUUACUCAUUGCUUAUUUACUCACAUUUGAAGAAAUCUAAUACUUCGUUAACACAUUAAGCAAAUAACUCAAAAACGUAAAAAAAAAGUUAAUUCACACCUACCAAAAAUAAUGAAGGGAUACGACCAGGUGAUAUUCACGAAUGAGCUUUUGCACCAUCGAUCUGUGGGCAGCCAAAUCGAGGAGACUCGUCGAACUUGGGAGGAGCGGUGCUCUUGGUUUCCGGCUGCCCAAAGGGAUCUGUAUUCGAGGUGCUCUAAGAUUUACGAGGAGUGUUUGGAAAAGUACGGCAACAAAAAUUACGAAUUUUAUGCGAAUAGAAAUCGCCUGAGGGUAGAACACAGGGUCAACACCAAAUCAUAUAGAGAUCGGGAGGAGAGAAGGUCCCACAUGUCUAUGGAGCACUUGAAGGGCUAUAAGGCGUCCCCUACUUCAAAUGGUCAAUAUGGCAGUGUUAAGCCAAUGCAACUCUUCUACUGCUUUUAGAUAAUGAAGAUAAACGAUUUUGUUCUCCUCAAAAUCCUCAGUUUCAAUCAAAUCAAACCAUUCGUAAAAAUGGAAUUUAAUAAACAGAAACAUUAUUGAAAAGCUUACAUCAUAUUUUUUUAGUUUUUAAAACAACGAUUGCCAGAACAAUUAAAUAAUUGUCGAAAAAAUAUAUUUUUAAAAAUAAUCGACAAUCCCAAGCAAUUUAGAUUUUGUGAGCUCUUCUUCCAAUAUUUUAAUUUGACUUACCCAAAAAUAGUAGUAGUUCGUUCUGCCUAUUAAGUCACCCAUUAACAGGCGUGAAACACGCACAAAUAACACAACAAAAAAUAAAAAAAACAAUAAAAAAAAGAAAAGAAAUUAAAAAAAGGAAAACAUAAAACGAACAACGAAAUAUUCCUUUACACCAAGCAAAAUAAUGAAGAUAAAUGAUGAGGUGAUAUUUACGGAUCAGUUAUUGCAAAAAAGAACUGUGGGCAGCCAGAUCGAGGAGACACGCCGAUCUUGGGAAGAGCGGUGCUUCUGGUUCUGGCUGCUCAAAAUGAAUUUUACGGACGGUAUUCACAGAUUUACAAGGAGUGUUGCAAAACGGAAUCGGCUGAGGGAGAAGUAUAGGAUCGAUACCGAUUCAAACAGAGAUCGUGAGGCACGGUACUAUCACAUAUCGAUGGAGCAUUUAAAUUCCUAUAAGGCAUCCUUUACUUCCAAUGCGUAGUAUGGUAGCGUUCGGCCAAUGCCCCUUUUUAUGGCUUUAAAGAUCACCUAAUGAUAAUAUUCAACCAGAAUUUAAGUCGGCGGAAAAGAUUUAGGACUGCGGUUUAUUACAUGGCAGAUACAUAAAAUAAAAUGUAAUAGUAGUCUUAGCUGCACAUAGUAAAAGCUAAGAAAAGCCCAGUAAAUUAAUAAUUGUACAGUGUAAGCCCAGCCCAAAUCACUUUUAUGGCUAGCUGAACUUUCGAAAAUAAAGCUAAUUUAA